AUGCUGCAAGCGUCUAACACCCGCCACCAGAGAAGCCAGUCGCCCGCCCCAAAAAGCCCUCUCUCCCAACCACCGCUUACAUCCGCGAACGUGGCGAAGAAAAAGAAGGUUUCAAAGAAGUCGGAUGAUGCUGUUAGAGACGACCAUGAUAGCACGGCUAAAGGUGAAGCGAAAGCGCUUUUUGAUGAAUCAUAUGAACCUUCACCAAUGACCCAAUCACCUGCUCCUUCUAUGCCGACUAUGCCUCCCACAGUCGGCCCCCCAAGCACUGUUGACUCACCGGCCUUUGGGCCUCUGGACUCCUACUCGCCUUCUCCUGGCGAGCAAGACCUGACCUCAAGGACAGAUUCGUGGGCACGAGGCAUACCAUUCGGGAAAAGCCCGCCAAAUGAUCCUACGGAUGGAGUCGGCUUUGCAGAAUCCCCUCCAGCCUUCACCUUACCAUCUCGUGGAGAGGUUUAUCGCGAAGCUUCUCCAUCUACAUCACCACCGCAGGCUCGACUUCGGCCACCAGGUUUUGCAGAUGCAACCCCAGCGUCCACACCGCCAAACAGCUUGCCUAGAGACAGGCAGCAACGUUAUUCUAUCAGCAGCUAUCGUAGCAACAGGAUAAGUUUCCCGCCACCACCUCACCAUCCACAGCCGCAUUUCUAUUCUGCGCCUGACGUUGAUAUACCUGGGGUACCGCAACCAGGUAGUAAGCACCAUCAGCAGCCUGGGCAUUCGUUCUGUGCCGUUGAGCCUCUUCCCGGAACCUCGUACAAGUCCGCCAAGACUGGAAGCAAUGUGAUCCUCGUAGGCCGAGACGGAGAGCUAGACGUUCUAGGAAUCGAAAAUUCACGAACGAAAGUAAUAGGCUCUAUCCAGGGGCUGAAUGGAAGGGUCAUCGAUGCCAAACUCUUAACAUGGACCUCCGGCGUCGAUCCUUUCGCGUCAAUCCGGCCUUUAGUUGCGGUCACCAUUCAUGGUAUAGUUCCAAAGGAAGAGAAUGGCACCUUGCAAGCUUCCCCACCCGAUUCAGAACAGCUGGAUUUGCUUACUGGCUCGUCUCCAAAGCAAGCAACAAAUGCAAGACCAGAUAUUCCCCUAGUGCAGACGAGAGUACAAGUCUACUCUCUGAAAUCUAGGGAUCUUGUUUCAACCUUGUUUGCUACUAAGCCAGUCCCAUGUAUCGAUACCUUUUCUGGCGUUGCCCCAUAUCUACCUCCACCUACAGCCAAUCUCAGAAUUCUUGCUAGCGGUAAUUUGGUUAUUGUGGCCUCUGGCAAAAGCGGCGAAGUUAUGGUCUUUGGCGUGGCUCGUCCUCCUUCUCCGAUUGUUUACCAGUGUAUUGGAAAAAUGUGGACAAACAUUCAACCAAAGGAAACUCGGAGAUACUCUAAUUCUUCUGCCUCAACUGAUACAGACGACCCACAGGCAGAGGCUUCCCGCGCAGCCAAAGUUACGGAUGUGCCCGUUCUUUCUGUUAGUGGACGUUGGCUUGCCGUAAUCAGCCCAUCACCAAACCGAGUAUCACUCCAAGGUGCAGUUCCGGCCCACAUCACACCUAGAAAGAUCUAUGGAGUUGAUGCCCAUACGCCUCCAUCCCGACCUUCUGUUACGUGUGGGGUAGACUCCGGCGAAGGUGAAAGCUUCCUAAACAAAGUCGCGAGAGGCGUAACCCAAGAAGUGUUUAAAGGAGCGCGGUGGAUUGGAGAUCAAGGCAUUCAAACUUGGAACAAUUAUUGGAACAAGGAUUCACAGACCGGUAAUUCUACUCCGUUACGCCGACCACAGUCCAUAGAUCAGCAUAGCUUUGCCGCGGAUAUGUUACCUCCUACGCACGCCCAGGAGACUCAAACUCCUCCAUCGAACGAGCCAGAUCUUGUCUCUAUUUUUGACCUAAAGCCGCUAGAAGAUUUUCAGGAUGGGAAGUCUUCAAACCCGCAUCCAAUAGCUACUUUCCAGCCUCCUCAUGGAUGCAGCUUCCUUUCAUUAUCACCAAACGGACUCAUGCUACUCACUGCAAGCAAGAAAGGCGAUAUACAAUGCAUUUGGGACUUGAUGCAGAUUCGUCAUUGCCGAUCUCGUGCUUUCCUUGCCGAAGACCCAUCUUCUACCGCGAAGUCUAACCCUCCUGCUACUCACGUUAGACAGGUUGCUCGAUAUGCAAGACUGACUACAUCAACCAUACGCGAUGUCGUAUGGACAGCACCCAACGGCGAGCAUGUUGCCAUCAUCACCAAGAAGGGAACAACUCACGUCUAUGAAGUUCCGCCUGCUGCUUUCAGAUGGCCGCCACUACGACGGUCAACCGCUGUCGCAUCAGCGACCAACGCCGAAUCAUACAUACGUGAUGAAGCAGCCGAAGAUGCCCCCCGCAACGCCUUCUCAAGUGCCAUGAAGCUGGUAGGUGAAACCACGCAGCCGUUCCUAGCAGCUAUGCGUGGCCGGGCUCCUAGCGUUGGCGCAGCAUUUGCUGUAACCAAAGGAUUCGCUAUUCCAUCCGCAGGAGGCAAAGUUGUAGCCGCAGGUUUAAGCAAAUCAGUUGGUGCUGCCACAGAGACCAUGAACAACCUCCGAUAUGUGGGUGAAAACCGGCUUCAUCCCGCUAAUUUUGCGAAAGAUAGCAUAGGCUCGAAGGCUGUUUGGAUUGGCGAUGAGCAUGGUGACGAACUCUCCGUUGGUAUUAUGGAUGGGGGAUCGUUCAAGGUAUAUCAAGUCGGCAAGAGCUCUGCUCCGCCAAAGCACAGAAAGCGAACUCAACCAUUCUUUGGGGGCAAGAUUCUCGAAGCACGCCUUCCAGCCGAAAUCCAAAAUGCCUAUACUCAUGAACAAGCCAUUAUUCGAGGCUCCGACGCCAUCACUGGCUCCUGGUCUGGUCCUACGCACCAUCGUCCUGGAGGCAGUUCAAAAAUAAAGUCACCACCAUUAGCCCAAGCUGAGAUCGAGACACAUGCUCCGUACCAACCAUUCCAUACCGACCGCCGUGUGACCUUGAAGGUCUACUCAUCAGAAUCUAGCGGAUCCCCCAAGUCCCAGAAAUGGAUUUUUGGAAAUGCCAUUCCCACACAUACAGUCCAUGUACGCAGUGCCUCUCAGAAUGAUAAUGAGGAUGAAACCGAUCCUGAAGGCAUGGGCAAGUCUCGUGAGAUGGAGAACCUUAUCAGCCUGGGAGGCGAACAUGUGAUUAUAACCACACGUCGUAAACGUGGACGAGGUCAAAGUGGAGACGACGUUGUUGAGGAUGGGUUCUUUGAAGAUGAUUGUGAUGUCCUUGACUUCGCGAGGGACCGUGUUUAA